ACUUGAUGACAUGUGACGCAUUGUAACAUGCUCCAACAUGUUGAUAAUAUAUAAAGUGCUUUUAUAGCACUUAUAAAAUGCUCAUGUGCAUUAUUUCGCUUCACUAAAAAUUUAUCAAAUUAUACAUCAAAUGUUUUUCGCAAUUCCUUUGUUUUUUAUUUACAUACCUUUUUUAAGUUAUUGAAAUGAAAUCAUGAUUAAUGUGAGCGUGAGUCAGCUUGUGAAUCAGGUGGACAAAAGUAAUUUUACAUUAUACGCAGAAUGGGAAGAUACACAUUUUAAAAUAAUAUUAUUAAGACCAUGCACAGUACCACUGAGAGGAGAGAUGGACAUAGAAAAGGCCAAUUACUUUCUAGGUCAUUUAGAUGAGGCUUUUGAAAUAUAUCUGGAAAAAACCAAACUUGCAUUUUCUGGUAAGAAUACUGACAUACAGUUCUUUCUGCAUGAUGAUACAUUUAUAUGGAAACAGCAAAAUAUUCUUACUCGUGGAGAAAUUGCAAUAUAUCCUCUUUCAAAUAUAUUAACUAUUUCUGAUAUUUUGAAACAAUUGUUGGAGCUUUAUCAAAAAUGUCAAGAAGAAAUACUAACAUUGGAAAGAGGGAACAAAUGCCUGAAUGAAAGCAAUAUAAAGCUAACCAAAGAUAUAGAAGAAAUGAUAAAUGUAAAAGAUAAAAUGGAGAAGGAUCUUUACACGAGAUUUCUUUUACUUCUGAAUGCAAAGAAAAAAAGGAUUAGAGAGCUUCAGAAGGCUUUAGAUAACAACAAACAAACAAAGUCGAUAUAUGAUGAAACUACUGACGAUGAAAGUGAGAAAUCAGAUGUAGAAAGCAAGAAAGUACAUAAUACUGCAUCAUCUAAUUCAAGAAAACGCAAAGUGGAUCACAAAAGUGAACAGAAAACUAUAUCAAAGAAUAGUAAGAUGAAUUUUAGAAUACGUACAAGUUCCUCAUCGAGUGAAUUUACAAGUCCUGAGCCUUCUACUAGUAGAAAUAAGUUAACAUCACAAAAUAUAGACGUGCCUCAUACAAUAAAACAGGUCCUUAAUAUUUCAGAAGAAGAAUCUGAAGAGGAUCUAUUUACUUAAUUUAAAAAAUCAUACAUUACAUUUGCAUGCUCUUUUUUUACAACUGAUCCUCCGUAGGCACAUUUGUUUUUCUCACCUUCCGUAGGCACACUGGAGAUUUGAGGAUCAAUCCAGGUUUUCUUACUAUUCUAGGCUUUCAAAAAAUCUGGUAAAAAUCAGUUUUUCAUUUCAAAGUGUCUACUACAUUAUCCAAUAGUUUUUUUAAUCAAAUGUUCAAAACCUUUUUAAAUAAAAAUUUAAAUUUGAGCAAAAACGAGAGAAAAAUGGAAAUUUUUUUAAAUUUCGGCUGUGCCUCGAGUGUGCCUACGGAGAGAUAUAUUAUACCAAAUUCAAUUGUAUUAUUAAUUAUAUAUUCUAAUUGAAUAUAUGUGAUUUUUGUAAAUAUUUCAACUAUUACUUCUUAAUGUAAUAAAUUUAUAUUUAUAUAUUGUGUGAUGAUGACAAACAUUUUAUAAA